CAGUGUGCUGCCAGUUGUAUUGCGACUUCUUAAACAGCAGUGCUUUCGACCAGAAGGAGAAAUGGCUGCAAGGUUAUUGCUUCGGUCGGCCGUCAGGGCCGCAACAACUUGCCGGGCCGCCCCGGUCCCUGCUCUCACCCGCGGCAUGGCGGUUGGUGGCAUCCCCACCGACGAGGAGCAGGCCACUGGUCUGGAGAAGAUAGUUAUGAAGGCUGCGCAACAGGGCGCGGACCCCUACAGCAUGUUGAAGCCCAAAGAGUAUGCUGGCUCAAAGGCUGACCCCCAUCUGGUGCCCUCCAUCACUACCAAGAGGAUUGUGGGCUGUGUCUGUGAGGAGGAUAACACUGCAGUGGUGUGGUUCUGGCUCCAUCAGGGCGAUGCUCAGCGCUGUCCCUCAUGUGGCUCCCACUACAAACUGGUGCCCCACGAGCUGCCCCACUAAAAUUCUGUUAUUUCAGGAAGUGUGUUUGCACGGGGAGUUAGGUGUUUUAAAUUAGAAUGUUGGGCCUCUGUUUACCCUUUGGCUUCUUUUAAUCAUGUGUUUGCUGUCCAAUUUAUCUUUAUCUCAUCCUAACGUCUACUUGAAAAUCUAUCUAACCUGCUAACCUCAAUGUCAGUCUGAUCACAGGACCAGUUAUUGUUUAAAACUUACCGAAGGCCUAGGCCUAAUGGUGUGGGACGCAAUGUUAUUUUUCAAGCAAUUCCAUUCAAACAGCAGUUUACGUUGAUGUAUGUACUGUACACUUGGUCUUAUCAAAUCAAUAAAGUAUACUCCUUAACUCCU